AUGGAUAUGCAGAACUCGGAAGAUUUACAGUCAUCAACUCAAGCUUCUCAUGAACCCAAGAGUGAACCACCAAACAAUCACACAACUGAUGCUCCUGUUACAGACACAGGCUCAGCAUCUGCUACAAGUAAUGACAGUAAAAAAGUUUCACGGCAGGAUAUUGAGUUUGUCCAGAAUUUAAUAGAAAGAUGCCUACAGCUGUAUAUGAAUAAAGAUGAAGUAGUUAAAACACUACUUACACGGGCAAAGAUAGAUCCUGGAUUCACUACUCUUGUAUGGCAGAAGUUGGAGGAAGAAAACGCUGAUUUCUUCAGGGCCUACUAUAUCAGGCUAAAAUUGAAAAAGCAAAUACUUUUAUUCAAUCAUUUGCUUGAGCAUCAGUAUCAUUUGAUGAAGUGUCCGAUGCCUGCAAAAGUUCCAUUGGCCCCAAUACAGAAUGGAAUCCAUCCAAUGCCUGUCAACAACUUACCUAUGGGAUACCCAGUGCUACAGCAGCCUCCCAUGCAAGCAACAGGUCAACCUCAUCUUGACUCCAUGGGUUGUGGUAUAUCAAGUUGUCAUGUCGUUAAUGGAGUCCCUGCCCCAGGAAACUUUCACCACCCCAUUCGGAUGAAUUCUGGGAAUGAUAUGGUGAUGGACCACAGUGCUCCUGAUAUGGCGCCUGUUAUUCCACCAAAUGGUACAAUGUCAUCCGUCUCAGAAAUGCCAGUAAGUCCAACAUCAGUAGCAUCCAGUGGCCAUUUCCCCUUCACUGCAUCAGAAAUAUCAGGAAUGGGUGCAGAUGCAUCAGCCCUUGAUACAGCAUUUACAUCUGAUGUGGCAAGUUCAGUAGGAUUACAGCUUGCAUCAGAUGGUGGCAAUGGAAUUUCUAGAUCGCUGGAUCAAAUUCAGUGGAAUUUUAGUCUAUCUGAUCUAACGGCAGAUUUACCAAACUUGGGAGAUCUAGGAGCUCUGGGAAACUAUCCUGGUUCACCAUUUUUGCCAUCCGAUUCAGAUAUUUUGCUUGAAUCUCCGGAUCAACAGGAUAUAGUGGAUGACUUCUUCGUUAAUUCUGAGCCCCAAUGCUCUCAAUCAGAUGAGGAGAAAUCUUGA